AUGCCUUUCGGUCGCACUGGCAGACAGAACCGGUCUCAACACUCUCUCGUUGAGCCCUCGGCUGCUGGUGCUGGUCCCCCUCCUGCCGGUCAGCAGAGUCAGAUUCAGACGCAGCAGAGCGCUGGCCCCGGCGGCGCUGGCAUACCCGCCCUUUCAGCCUCGUCAACCGAAUCCUUUGAUCAAAGGGGACCUCCAACACAACUACAACCACAACUUCAGAGCAGCCAGCAGCAGCCUCCUCUCCCGCCCGCGCAUGGUGUCAAUGUCUUUGGCCCUGCCGGUAAUCAACCUCCCCUAAACCCCAAUCAUCAGCAGCCGCUGCACGGUCACAGCCAGUCCGUCUUCGACGCUAGACAGCAGAAGGCCGCCCAAGACUUCGCAGACUCGGUUAAUAGAUCACAAUCCCAACGCUAUCCUCAGGUCACGACGCCGAUACACCCACAGCAGCUGCAUCCCAGCUUUGCCUCAAGCUCCGUCGACGACCUCCCCUCUGCUCUGCAGGCUGCUUCAUCCAACAUCCCCCAGGGUCAGCCAGGCGUACCCCACCAUCAGCAAGCCCCGCCGCCCGAGCCCAAGCGAAGCACACGGAGACUUAUUAGGAACAUCCUGAGCGGCAACAGUGGUUCGACAUCGACUCGCGAUCACUACGACAAUACCGGCGGCCUUGCUCGCAGACCCUCGAAGCGCGUGAGUAACCCGCCCGCCAUUAGGACCGGCCCGUCCCAGGUCUCGCUCGAGAACCAGCCUAUCGAUUGGCAGCACCAGGGCUCGCACACCCAGCCGUCCCCCCUUCAAGGCGUAGGAGAAUUUACAGAUCUGUACUCAGUUGACGAAUCUAACCACGAGCACCUGCAGAAUCCUCACGAAGCUCAGCAAUCUACUAUUCGGCGUGUGAAUACCAACGACCACGAGACCUCGCCUUACGGACCAGACGAUAUCGGGUACCGCCAGCAGGGCCACGUACAAGUGCAGGGUCAGAUACCGCCCGAGCUUCAGCAACAGUUCAACCAAAUCACUUUCGAUCCGGCCACUCAGCAAUACCAAUUCACCACCAAUUCCCCGCAAGCACAAUAUCCAGGCGGACAGCAACAGCAGGUGUAUACAGCCCCAUCGAAUGCUACUGGCAACAACCCCAAUUAUCGCCAAAGCACCAUUCAAGAAAGGCCGCCGUAUGAGGGCCAAGGCCAAAGUGAGGGUCGCAACAGCCCGCAGCCUUCUGGUGACGCCGAGUCAGACAAAGCAUUCAAGGAUCUGCUGACAAAGUACAAGAACGUUAAACGCCUCUACUUUGAUGGCAAGACCCAGAUUGAGCAGCUUAACACUCAGGUAGAGCAAUUGCAGAAUGCUGUUGCCAAUCAGAGGAUGUCCCAAUCGCGCACGGCUCUAGAUGAUAAUGAAUACAGCACGCGUUUCAACCGGCUUAAUGGCGCAAUCAAUAAUCUUUCCUUCAACAUCAGGAAGGAUUGGGUUUCAUUGCCCUCCUGGCUCGACAAAUAUGUCAGUGCCGACGCUUUGAAAACUGGAAAGCAGGAGAUGACCGCUGUGGGCCGCGCUGUAAUUACAAGAUGGGUCGUAGAUGAGAUCUUUGACCAGUGUUUCCACCCUGCGCUAGACCCGGAACUCAGCAGGCAGCUGAAGGAAAUUGAGCACAAUAUCAGGCGGUACAGCUAUACCAUGAACAGCCAAGAAGAAUUCGAUGCUCUUACCUCAAAGGUCAUUAGCUGGAGAAUGGCAACCAUGAUUGUCGAGCUUGCUGUGGGAAUUGCAGCAAACUUAUCGCUGGAAAGCCGUGAUGUUGCAGUUACCUAUCCUCACCCCCUUGAUACCGUCCAGCCGAGCAUCAUGGAUGUGGAGAAGACAGCAUUGCCGCCCAUCGAAACCAGGGGAGAUGCCGACGUUGAUGAUGACGAAGACAGCGGUAAGGAUGAAAAGGGUGGUAAGGACCGAAAGUCUAGAGCUGGUAUGUCAACAAUUUCAAACUUACUCAGCAACGCUCCCUCCUCGCUUAUUCCCGGAAGCGGGAGCAGGAAGGGCAGCACUUCUUCGACUGGUGGUCAAGCUGGUACUGACUCGGCUGGCAAUGCAGCUCUACCUCCCAAGGACAGCAAUAAGGUACGCUUCGCCGGCUUCAUGGCCGUCGAGGUUCGUGGCCGCCAGGUCCUCGUUAAGGCACCCGUGUGGACGCUCGGGUAG